AUGAUCCAGAAACCAGUACGACCUGCACCGCAAUCAGUUGCACAUGCCAUUUUCCUUGAUCAAAGUCAUGAUAACCCAUGUCCUAUUGAGUCUCGAUCGGUGUACGAUUUGUUGCCUACUGCAGCUAUGGUCUCAAUGGCAUCAUGUGCUUCCGGUUCGGUUCGGGGCUACGAUGAACUUGUCAGACAUCAGGUCAGUAGCUAUUGA